AUGGCAGAGAAGGAUUACAAGUGGUCCUCCUCCGGCUAUUGCCGUGUUGCCGCCGCUGCGAUCUUGGAUUCCAACGUUUGGUCUGGGACUCUCUCAGUUCAAGCUCUCAAGAUUAUGCAAGUGCGGAUACGUCUGCUGGGCUGCAAAGGUUUCUUCAUCUCAGAAGAGGACAUCUUCUGGAACUGGAUGGACUUUGUCAUCGUCCUCCUCGGGGUCUUCGACCUCUGGGCAAUUCCAGUGGGAGAUUUGAUCCUGGGCACCAAGACCUCCAAUGGCUUCGGACGCCUGGUGCUUUUGGUACGCAUGUUGAGGAUGCUUCGCAUUCUCCGGCUGUUGAAGCUUGUAAAAGCUGUUAGGCCACUGUAUUCCCUUGCCCUGGGUGUGACCCAGGCGAUGCAGAGUAUAUUUUGGGUCUUGGUCUUCCUAGUUGUGACCCUCUAUGCCUUUGCGAUCCUUGCAACCCGUCUUCUGGGUCAUUCGCACUACAUACAGGAGUCGAAUGACCUGCCGGUGGCUAGCAAGGAGCUCUUUUGCUCCAUUUGGGACUCCAUGUUCGCCCUCUUCAGUAUCAUGAACCAGCAGAACUGGGAAGCCAUGGGCCCCUUGCUGGAGAAGGUUCCUGCGAUAAAGCCUGUCUACGUGCUCUUCACGAUUUGCUCAUCUUGGGCUCUCUUAUCCGUCCUCACAGGCGUUGUGAGUGACAACAUGAUGGCGGUUCGCGAGCAACAGUCCCAGAAGGACGAAGAGGCUGUUGAGGAGCGGCGAAUUUGGCUGGCAAGGUGGCUGCGAGGAGUCUUUGCUGCGGCCGACAAGGAUGGAAGUAUGGCCUUAGAACGGAGCGAAUAUCGUGAACUGCUAAAGUCACCCUUUCACUUGAAGCGCCUGCAGCAGGUUGCGAAGGUGCCCAUGCAGGAUCUCAUGCAGAUGUUUGACAUCCUGGAUGUGGACCACAACGGGCUCAUCGAGUUCCAGGAGUUCUUGGUGGGCUUCGAGUGGCUCAAUGAGCCCAUCUCGGGGAAGUCUCUGCUCAAGCUGGGCCACGAGAUUCGGGUGUCCUGCCAAGCCGUGGAGAAGCUGCUACGCGGCCUAAGCGAGGAUCUAAACAGGCUUUGCUCUCGACAGCUGGAUCAGCAGAUGCGCCUGGAGAACCGAAUGCGCGAGGUGGUGGAGGCAAGGCGGAAGCUGAAGGAGGAGUGCGACAAGACCCUCAUGGCCCAAGCCAAGGCAUACGAAGCUCGAGCUGAGCUGUCAGGUAUCAUGGAGCAGUACAAGGUGAUUACCAUGUCUGAAGCUGACGAGAAUGAUCGGCCGGAGGAGGAUUUCGAUGCAGAUGUCGUUAUCCAAACGCCGACGAACAACAAAAGUGACGAUGGUAGCACGAUUGUCAUGACCAGCAUGCUCAAGACGGAGAGUAUGCAGGCUCAAGCUUCGCCAACCAGUCGAUUUGAGCAGGAUCGGUCAAAAAGUACUAGCAAGGCAAGCAGCUACGCCAUGAUGCCAGAUGAUGACGAUGUGAACCCCAGUCUCCGUCCUUUGGGCGGUGGCUUUGGGGCCGCACCAAAAGCCCGAUUCGGUCGGAGCCAGUCGAGGUUAGAUGGCGGCUGA